AUGGAUCUUCGUUCUAAACGCUGGAUGUCUCUUCUAUCUCUGCUUUUCCUCUCUUCGUUCGUGGCAUCCGUACCGCUGUCUAGUCGCUCGUCGGAGUGUACCAAUCCGACGGUCAGGAAAGAAUGGUUCACCCUCGAGAGGGAAGAUCAAUCAGCUUAUUUUGAUGCCGUGAACUGUCUCGCCACCGCGCCCAGCAAGAAUACCUCGACGGGAGCCGUCACUAGAUGGGAAGACCUUGUGGCUACUCAUCAAAUACAAACGAAUGGGACGCUCGUCGAUGGUGCUUGGACCGGAGACCGACUUCAUCCUGUUGGACAAUUCUUGCCAUGGCAUCGCGGCCUGAUUCACGCUCAGGAGACUCUCUUGCGCAAUGAGUGUAAUUACACCGGACCUCUGCCGUACUGGAAUUGGACGUCCGCGGCGGGACACUGGGCUACUUCCGAGAUGUUGUCGGCGGAACACUUUGGCUCCAAUGGCACGGAUCCGGAUGGUGUUGUUGUUGAUGGACCUUUUGCAAAUUGGACGUUGAACUUGGGUCCUGGGAUCGAAAAUACCCCACACUAUCUUUCAAGGGUCAUCGACGAAACAAAUACAACAUACACCGCGCAAUCUUACGUCGACCAAUGCGUAGGAACAGAGACUUAUGCCGCAUUUAUGCCGUGCGAUCGUGCCUCCCCUAGCUCUCAUGACAGACUCGGUGGUGGGAUGCAUGGCGGUGGUCAUCAAGGCAUAGGUGGAGACAUGCUGAACCUGCUCACAAGUCCAUCUGACCCGUUGUUCUAUCUCCAUCACGGAAUGCUGGACCGUAUAUGGGCACAAUGGCAGGGUCUUAACGAAAGCAAUGUUUACGAUAUUGCGGGUUUCGUGGACACAGAGCUCGAGCCACUUGAAGGAUGGAGGAAUACGACACUCAACACCACUCUCGACUAUUUCGGGAUCAUACCGAGCUUAACCGUUGGUGAUGUGAUGAACACGACGGGGGGUGUGCUAUGCUUCGUCUAUGAGUGA